AGCCAAGAGAAGGGAAACCUUUUAAAACAAAGAACAAAAGGAACCAACCGCCUGCCUAACGCGCAAGAAAAUAAAAUGUUCGAACUGGAAGAAUAUUCAAGUGGAUUUCACGAUGGAUUCCUUAAUAAAUAUGCGGACUCUUCGGGACCCACAUUGGAUUUCUUUAUAUCGGAUUCCCUGCACGAUAUGCUAGAUGUCGAUAUACGCAGUGAAGUGGCGAAUGUUGUGGGCAGUGUCACCGACUAUGAGACCUGUCUGGCCGAAUUACCCUUGGCCUUUGAUCAUAGCACCGAUUUGCUAAACACCAAUGGCUCAAAUGGUGGCAACCUCCCGCCACACAAAGAACCCACCAGUGUCCUAUCAUCGUGGAAUUCCAAUUUUGGCAUGGGCUCCUCGAAUUCCUCAUCAUCCUGGCUGGGGGCUGGCAAUGAUUUUCUAGCCGAUGUGGGUGCAUGUGUUAAUCCCAUUUCGGUAAUGCCUUUGAUUUCAUCAUCACUUUUGCACAUGUCACCAAAGACCAACUUGAAUGCGAAUAGUUUGAGAAGUAGUUCACCGCCACCGCCGUCACCGAAUGUCAACGAUACCAAAUCGCAUUUGACCUUUUCACCGGCCCACAUUAAGAUCAGUGCCAAUUCCAUACGCAAUGAACAGCUGACUGCCCACAUACCAAAACAACAGAUUAUCGCAAUUUCAUCGUCGGCAACCACGGCCACCACUGCUCCAGCCACCAUGGCAACAAAUUCGCCAUUGCAGAGGAAAAAUGCUGCCGCCGUGGAGGCAAUAAAAAAGGAUUUGGGUACAGAGUUGCGUAAAGUUGUACCGUUGUCCUCAACGAAUGAAACGCUGGUCUUCAAGGCAAAUGCGGUGGCUAUUAGUAGAGAAAACAGCAGCGGAUCAUCUACCUCAGGCGGCUAUGGCAGUGGUGGUCGUAAUUCACCGGCCACCGGUCAUCAACAAAUAUUAACAGCCACCAGCAGCAGUUCUACAACCUCCACAUCAUCAUCAUCAGCUACUUCCUCGAGCACAAUAAAAUUGGGCCCCGGUAUUGGGGGCCUGACUUUUGCCAACAACAUUACCACUUACAAUAAGUUGAAACAAAAUUCCAGCAACAACACCAGUGGCGUUGCCAACACAACAGGGACGACAAAACUAAAUCAUCAGGGUACAACAACGAUCACUGCCAAUGGUUCAUCGUUAGUUUUGAAACGAGAACGUGAAUCUAGUCCUUUGCAAACUAUGAACGCUGUCAACAGCAAUGGCAACAACAGUAGUGGGCAAAAUCUCAGCAAAAUUAUAGCACGACAAAGCGCAAGUUUUACAGCCAAGUCAAUAGCCCAUUCCAAUUAUCUGCAGCAGCAGCAACAACAACAGCAAAAUAACAAUAACAACUCCAGCUAUUCCUCCAGCAACACAACCACCAUUAAUGGUGUUAGCUAUAAUUCCAGCAAUUCCUCAGCAUCAAGUCACAGUCCCUCGCCCUCCUCAAGUAAUGGCUCAAGUCCGAACAUUAAUGCCGUCAAACCGUUACAGCAAAAAGUCAAAGCACCUCCCGUUGAAUCGGAAUUUCCCAAACCUGCAUACUCAUAUUCUUGCCUCAUUGCCAUGGCUUUGAAAAAUUCCCGCAGUGGGUCCCUGCCGGUCUCUGAAAUCUAUAGCUUCAUGUGUGAACACUUCCCCUAUUUUAAAACCGCACCCAGUGGUUGGAAGAACAGUGUACGGCACAAUUUGUCGUUGAAUAAAUGUUUUGAAAAAAUCGAAAAACCCCCCACCAAUGGUAAUCAACGUAAAGGCUGUCUCUGGGCCAUGAACCCAGAGCGUAUUACCAAAAUGGAUGAAGAAGUCCAGAAAUGGUCGAAAAAAGAUCCCAUGGCCAUACGUAAUGCCAUGGUUUAUCCGGAACAUUUGGAGGCUUUGGAACGUGGAGAAAUGAAACAUGGCAGCAGUGGUGAUUCGGAUGCCGAAAUGGAUAGUCAAUCGGAAAUUGAAGAGGCCUCCGAUUUGGAGGAACAGGAAUUGGAUGAAACUUUGGUUGACAAUAUGCUAGUGGAAGAGGAGCUCGAUGAGGAGAUGAUGCAUGCUGUGACGAUAAAAACCGAGGAUCUUCAUCAUAUGUCGGACAACGAAGAUGAUGGAGUUGAUGGAGGUGGUGGUGGCGGUAGUAACAAUGGUGAUAUUAUCAUCAACCGUUUGGGUAGCAUUCACCACCAGCGGCGAGCAACAUUAUCCUCACCCAUCACCCUGUCAACAAAGACGGUAAAUGGUGGCAUAAAUUCAUUGUCGGAUAGUUUACAACGCGAUUUUGACAUUGAGGUUGAAGACAUCUACGAUGCCAUCGAUAUUGAUGACGACAAGGAGGCUGUGCGCAUGGCCAUUAACCAAUCGGAUAUUAUUGAAUUGAGUCCGGCCGAUUAUAAUAUUACCACCGUGAGCUGUAAUGAGAAUCAUCAAUCGCCAAAGAGGGCACGGUUAAAUAUCAAUUAUUCCAUUGGGCCGGCGGGUGAAAUUGAAAAGCAGAUACAAAAUCAACAGCAGCAUCAUCACCAGCAACGUCACAUACAAAUGCAAAAUAUUAAGAAGAUUGUAAAAGUUCAAAAUAUUCAGGAUUUACAGCAUAUCCAACAACAGCUCCAACAACAACAAAUUGUCGUGCAAACCAUAUCCAGUAAUGGUGGUCUACAGCAACAGCAUGCCACAGCGGGCCAGUUUACACAGAUUGGUACAAUUUCAUCGGCAUUAGGUGAGGUGGCAAAUCAAAAUCGUCGCAAAAUGCAGUUGGUCAAUCGGAUUGCUUAAAUGAAUGAUGAUAACUAAUACUGGGCAAAAAUUAAGAAAAAAACCAACAAGGAACAAAUUGGAAUUCCAAUGGUUGUUCGUUUUUAUUUUUGUUUGUCGUCAUCAUCGUUGUCUAGCGCUCAAAGGGAGUUACCAAAAAAGAAGAAGAACAAAUUUUUUGUUGGCCGCGCCAGUAGGGAAAAGAGAGAAUUGCUCUUGGCGGUCGGUUGAACAACAACACAAAUUCCUAUGAGGCAUUUUAAGAAAAUUUUUUUUCUUUUGAUUUUGCAAUGUUCAAGGAGUUUGUUUUGCAAAUUAAGCAAUUUGUAGUAAAUCUAAUUGCCCUUCCUCCUUCUCCCUUUAAUAACAUCCAACCACCCGCCCGAUUUUUUCAUAAUUAUCUAUUUAAAAAAAAAGAAGAAGAAAAACAAAACUAUUUACUAUAAUUUUUAUUGCUACCGUAAUACGCUUAAGUAGCUUUUAAGUAAUCUCUUAAUGGAUAGGAUUUUUUUUAAUUUAUUCUUAUGUUUUUUUAUUUUUUGAUUUUACCCUUAUGAGUUUUAAUUAUUGAUUUUACGUUCUAUAUAUUGCUAUAAGUUUUACCUUUUAUGAUACAAAACAUACCACAUACCGUCAUACCCAUAGAAAUCCUAAAAAAUAUUGUGCUCAAUUUUUGUGAAUUUUCAAUUUAGUUUUUUUCCUUUCUUCGAUUUUGUUCUCAAAAAAAGUGAUGCAAAUAGGUGUUAUUAUCUUGCCAGUAAUAUUUAGGAUCAAGUUUGAAAGGGUCAUGAGGCUUUCGGAAGUCAAUGGGAAUCGUUAGGAUUCAAAGAAGUUGGAUCCAAUGCGAUGGUAUUCUAGACCUUUUACUUAUUAUGGACUGCUCAAGUUUCCCCUUUCCCCUUUUGCGUGCAAUUCAAUGGGAAUCUAAGGAUCUGAACCAGGAUCUUUAAUAUUAGGAUCCUCAAUUGCAUUACUAUCAAUGUUUAUGCAGUGUUUGGUGAUUGCAAGGCAUAAAUAAGAUCCAUUAAAUAAUUCCCAUCUCCUUUCUGGGUUUGCUUUUGUACGAACCAAAUUCAAAGACAUAGAAGUAUAAAAAUGGGACAGAACAGAGUCAAAAUAUUGUAACCAAGUGUAAAUACCUCUGUUGUUAUGGUAUCGUAACAACAUAGUUAUCAAUGUGAAGUGAUUUAAACCGCUAAGGCAAUAUGUCAUUAAUUGGGAAAGUCUAUGGAAUUAAAUUUCGAAAAAAAAAUGUUAUUUUUUCAAACUUUUAUUUGUCUUUUCUAUAAUUGUCUGUUUUAUAUUAACAUGCUUCGGUCAUUAGCUGUUACUCUAGAUAUUAUAGACACAAACCAUUUGCUCAGAAUGCAUUUUGUCUAGACUUUACCAUUUUUGGUCUUGUGCUGUAAUAAAACAUUGUAUUUUUUACAAUAAAGCAGAAAUGAAAAAAACAUUUUUUGGGGUAUUUAAGAGUACCCACUUCUUUGCCAAAGGCUUGAAUUCCAUCGGAAUUUACUAUUUUGGAUUCUCGAGCUCUACCAUAAAUUUUAACACGACCCCUUGUUUCUAAUAUUUUUCUAUCUCUAAUUUGCUUGUUUGCAUCGCUACAUUUUUUUGAGACUUGUUUUUUUUUCGUUACCUUCAAUUUCAUUUUCCUUCACAUGAGCUGAAUAAUAUUUUUAUUUAGUUUUUUUUUUUUUUAUGAAGUAAUACUACUAAUUGUAUAUUGAGAAUAUAUAUUCCAAAAAAAAAAUUAAGAUUUCUUCUAUUAGAUGGAUGCAUAUCAACAAAAAUUCUGCAGAUGGCUGGGCCAAUGGAAUGAUAUCAGGGGAUGCUGUUUUCACACAUCCCAGCUAAAUUUUUAAUUAGUUAUUAGUAAUAUACCAUCCGGAGAUGUUCUCACACAUCCCAGCUAAGUUGUUAAUUACUAAUAACUAAACAUAAUUUUUUGUAAUAAUAUUUUGUUUUUGUUAUCAACAUUGGCCCCUGUCACUGCCCAAAGUUUUGUAAUUCCAAGUUAAAUCAUAUUUGGCAGUAAUAUGAAUUUAUUCGCUACCAUUAUUUUAAGUUUUUUUUAUCUUAUUUUCUAUUGAAAAGAAAGGUAUUUUUCGUAUUACCUUAAAUUUAAUAUUUUAAACUAUAAAAACGGAAUUUUUCAAUUCCCCCUAGAAUAUAUGUUAUGCCCACAUCCUCUAGCUACUUGAAAAAGCCACACAAAAGAAAUCCUUUCAUGUGUAUUUGUAAUUUCCUAUAUCUAAACAGAGAGAGAGAGUUUAAAUUUUAUUCCCCAAACUCUCUCUUUUUUUAAAUUAGUUUUAAAAACAAAAAAAAAAUUAUCGAAUAUUAUUAUAAAACCAUCAAAAAAUCCUAAAAAAAUGUAAAUGUACAGUUCAAAAGAAAGAAAAAAUUACAAGAAAUUUUGUUUCAUUUUUUCCAAAUUAUCUUUAUUUUUCGUUUGACAAUUUUUCAAACUUUUGCAACAAAAGUCCAAAAAAACAAAAAAGAACAAAUUUUUUAUACACCCCAGCUAUAUGACACAAAAUAAUAAUGAAUUGAUCUCACAGUAUAUACAUACAUACAUAAUAUAUAUAAUGUUAUAUAAAAAUCCCAUAACUAAAUGACCAACAAAAAUUAUUUUUUUAUUUUUUUAACUCAGCAUAAAGAAAAUAUGCUUUUUUGUUUGUUUUUUUUUAAAAACUCUUGACAAAUUCCUAAUUGAAAAAAUGGAAACUAAAUUGUUAUUGUAUUUUUUUGACAAUAUAUUACAAAAACAAAAACCUUUUCGUUUUAGUUAUAUUUACAAACAUUUUCGUUUUUUUUUUUUUUUACAAAUAUAUAACCUUUAUCAUGACAUUCCUAUAUAAAAAAUAAUCAUUCUUAUUGACGCAAAUAACACUGUGCUAAAAAAUGUUUUUAAUAGUAAUCCUAAAAUGAACUUAUUUUGAGGAGGAGAUUCUCAGAAUACCGUAAAAAGUGAGGUUAAGAAAAAAAGAUUUAAGGGGGGGAACUUAGGGAAAGGAGCCAAACUGGCAAAAAAUUAGACUUUCAAUAGGACAUAGGACAUGUAUAUUCAAAGUUUCAUACAAUGUUGUCCCGCUGAAUAAAUACUUCCAAAUCGGUCUUGUUUUUUUUUAUAACAUACACCAUAAGUUGGUCAGGGUAUUAUGUCUUUGCAAAUUGAAACGAGAUAGCCUAUAGUUACUUUUGAUGAUCUGAUGAAUUUGAUCUGAAUUUGAUGAUGAUAGAAUCCGAUUCUGAGUCGAUUCAUGUACGUUCGUCCGUCUUUCUGUCCAUGUAUUUUUGUAAACAUGAAAUUUUGCACAAAUCAUUCGUUUGGAGAUAAUUGGUCAAAAUUUAGAUAUAGCUCCAAUAUAUACCUUCGUCCGAUUUGUCUUUUUUGUGCACCCAACGUGUAAUAUCAGCCCAAAUAGUAUGGAAUAUUGCACAUACGACCAAAAUAGGCCUGAAAAUAAGUUUGCUCAAUUUGAUCGAAAUCGGUUCACAUAUAGCUAUAGCUCCCAUAUAUAUUGUUCAUCUGAUUUAUUAUAUUUGUUCUCCACAGCCGUAAUAUGCACUUCGUUACGACGAUAUUCAGGGAAAUAUAUCAAAUACAGCUCAAAAAUAUCUUUGCCCAUUUUAACGAGAUUGGUGCAGAUUUGGAUAUAGCUCCCAUAUAUAUCUUCAUCCGAUUUCACGAUAAUUGUGCACCAAAUGGGCGAUAUAAGCCCGUAUUAAAAAGAUACAAAUGCUUCGGCAUAUUUAGUCCCUUGAACUUUAAAUUAUAAUUAUAAUCAUAGCUUGAAUGAGUUAAUUCUCCCAUAAAAACUUGAUUGUUACUACUCUACUCUACUAAAUAAGCAAAGUGGUGUAGGGUAUCAUAAAGUCGGCCCGCCCGACUUUAAGUCUUUCUUUACUGGUUUCACUCUUUCGCCAAUUUACCUUCCAAUAUAUUUAUAUCCAAUAUAUUUGUUUUGACAUAACCUCAUAUUUUGAUUGAAAAACCUCUUCAAAAUACUACAAUUUUUGCAAAGGAUUAUGGCACAGUGUCAUUAAGAAAAGAAGAAAUAAACUAUGGUGUCCCUUUAACAUCUAUAGUAAAUCUUUCACAGUAUUCAUUUGAAAAAAAUCCAUACAUACCAUUUACUGUAUUCACUCACUACCAACAAACCAUUUAAACUACUUUAACUACAUAACCUUAAAAAACAACUUAGAAAUGUAAUUUUGAUUUUCUCUUUAUGAUUUCAUGUAUAAUCAAGAGAAAUAAACAAAACAUCCCCAUCAUAUUUUUACCAAGCAACAACAACAACCAGCAGCAUCAAGAAACCCAGUCAAUUUUUUGUACAUUUUCCUAGAUUUAGUUUUAAGCAGACGUAAAUAAAAAGAGAUAUAUACAUAUGUUUGUUGUUGUUGUUGGUAUAUUGCAUUAUAAUUAAUCCGUUUUGUGUAUAUUUUUUUUUUUGAUUUCACAUUUCUUACCUAACAACCCCCUUCACCCUUCAUCCGUUCCAAAUGUUCUAACUAUUACCAGAUUCAAUUCAGAAAACUAAAAAAAAAACAAUAAAAAACACAUUUCUUUGAGCAACAUGCAUUGAAGUACAAAAAAAUAUUUUUUUUU